AUGCUUUAUCUCACCGCGGACAAGUUUCCAGUGUUCGUGCCAUUUGGAGUUAUUGGCUUUUACCGAUACCUCUGGUACAUUAUCCGUUUGAUUGCCCGCUUCGUUUACCGCCCUAUCCCCUUGCCUGAGACCCCUACCUACCGCGCCGACGAGGAUGUCACUAUUAUCGUGCCCACCAUCGACGCCGGAGAGGAGUUCCGCGAGGCCGCCUUCUCGUGGCUCGUCGGCAACCCCAAGGAGAUUAUCAUUGUCACCGAGGAGAAGAUGAAGGGCCCUCUCCAGGAGCUCGCCAACAGUGUCGACCCCUCGCGUAUCCGCAUUCUCACCGUUCCUUUUGCAAACAAGCGUCUCCAGAUGGCCCACGGCAUUCGCAACACUACCACGGACAUUAUCGUGUUUGCCGACGACGACGCCAUAUGGCCCCCUCUUCUUCUGCCUUACGUUCUCGCGUGCUUUGAGGACCAGCAGGUCGGUGGCGUCGGUACCUCGCAGCGUGUCAAGCCUUGCGGCCCUCGCAUGACCGUCUGGGAGAUUCUCGCCGCAUUCCGUCUCACUAUCCGUAACAUUGAGAUUUCGUCGUCGACCCACAUUGACGGUGGUAUCCCCUGUCUCUCGGGCCGUACUGCUGCCUACCGCACUGUCAUUCUCAAGGACCCCGACUUCCUCCACGGCUUCACCAACGACCUCUGGCUCGGCAAGUACCACCUCAACUCGGGUGACGACAAGUUCCUUACCCGUUGGAUGGUUUCGCACGGCUGGAACACGUACGUUCAGGUCUGCCACGAGGCCGAGCUGCUCUCGACCAUGAAGCCCAACUGGCGUUUCCUCAAGCAGGUUCUCCGUUGGACGCGUAACACGUGGCGUUCAGACUUCCGUUCCGUGUUCACUGAGCGUUACGUCUGGACCAAGCACCCUUACGUCUGCUACACCAUGAUUGACAAGUUUAUCAACCCCCUCACCCUUCUGGUGGGCCCAUGUCUCGUCGCCUACCUCAUUGCCAAGUCGACAAAGAACGUCGAGGACGGCGGUUACCACCUUCCCGCUUGGAACAUUAUCGUGUCCUACAUCGUCUGGCUCAUGUGCACGCGUACCCUCAAGCUCCUCCCCCACCUUUGGCAACGCCCCCAGGACAUUCUCUACGUUCCUUGCUUCAUCGCUUUCGGCUACUACUUUGCCAUCAUGAAGCUCUACGCUCUUUUCACCCUUCACAAGACUGGAUGGGGUACCCGUUCUGGUAUCGCUGACCCUGCUACCGCUACUGCUGCCCAGGAGAAGGCCGCCGCUGCCGAGAGCGCGGCCGCUGGCGGUGCCGCCUACCCGCAGCACCAGGGCUUCAGUCCAAGCAACCCGUACGACAACCAAUACUCGACUCAGUACCAGGAGCAGCAGCCAUACACCGACGCUGCUCAGUCGUACGACGUCGAAAUGGCUCAGCGCCGCCAGUAA